GAGGUUCCAUGGAUAAAUACAUGUCUGAGUCCUGAUCCAUCCUCACAUCGUCACAAUGGCCUUCCUGUGGAUUGUUUCCUGUUUCGCUUUCAUCAGCGCCGCUUACGGCUGCGGCUCCCCAGCCAUCCAGCCCCAGGUGACUGGCUACGCCCGCAUCGUCAACGGUGAGGAGGCCGUCCCCCACUCCUGGCCCUGGCAGGUGUCUCUGCAGCAAUCCAACGGAUUCCAUUUCUGCGGAGGUUCCCUGAUCAAUGAGAACUGGGUGGUCACCGCUGCUCACUGCAAUGUCAAGACCUACCACCGUGUGAUUGCUGGAGAGCAUGACAAGAGCAGAGCCUCCGAUGAGAACAUCCAGAUCUUGAAGCCCUCUAAGGUCUUCACCCACCCCAAAUGGGACUCCAGAACCAUCAACAACGACAUCUCCCUCAUCAAGCUGGCUUCCCCCGCUGUCUUGGGAACCAACGUCUCCCCUGUGUGUCUGGGUGAGAGCAGCGAUGUCUUCGCCCCUGGCAUGAAGUGUGUGACCAGCGGCUGGGGUCUGACCCGCUACAACGCCCCCGGCACCCCCAACAAACUUCAGCAGGCCGCUCUUCCCCUGAUGUCCAACGAGGAAUGCUCGCAGAGCUGGGGCAACAACAUGAUCUCCGAUGUCAUGAUCUGUGCCGGUGCUGCUGGCGCUACCUCCUGCAUGGGUGACUCCGGUGGCCCUCUGGUCUGCCAGAAGGACAACAUGUGGACCCUGGUCGGUAUCGUCUCCUGGGGAAGCAGCCGCUGCUCUACCACCAUCCCCGCUGUCUACGCCCGUGUCACCGAGCUCCGAGGCUGGGUGGACCAGAUCCUGGCUGCCAACUGAGGAUUCACACUCCAGCCUUCUCCAGACCUGGUUGGAUAGCAAAUUUCAAUAAAAUUUACUGGAUGGUAAAAAAAAAAACUUCUCUCAUGGAUUAAUUUGCACAUUGACGUGUUGAAUUGGAACAUGCUGUCUGAAUUGUCUCCCCAAGAGAGGGUGCUCUUUUACAAAUGAAAAGGAUAAAAUCAACUUUCUGAUCUCGAGGUUCAAGCUGGAAGAAAUAUUUCACUGACUAAAGUAGAUCACCUUGUUUAUAAAUGCUGAGAAAAAUACUGACAAUUUAGGAUGACUCCUUCUAAUUACUCUUUGAGGAAGAUAUAAUGUAGCCUACCCUGCACACUCUCCAGGUGUAUUUUAGAAACAAAGUAAAUGGACUGCAUAUGUCUAAAGCUUUUUUUCCAGCACACCGGGAGAAGUUUGCGUGAGUUGUCUUGCUCAGGGACACAUCCACUCUUGGCUAUGGUGAGCCGGGGAUUGAACCAGCAAUCUUCUAGUUGCCAUAACUACAACCACUAAGUCCUGAGCCACUGCCGCCCUUCUUAAAGAUCAAAACCUGCAGUUCAAAGGCUGAAUCCAAUCCCAUCAUUUACUUUACACAUUGUUAAAGGUAUGAUGAAAAAUCUCUCCCAAUACUAUGUUUUGUUUAAUAUUUAGUUGAGUUGUGUAAUUACAUUAUCCCAAUUGUAUCAAACAAUAUUCAAUCACAGAGAAAUCUGUAGUUUUAAUCCAGGUAACGGUCCUUUACAUGUGGUGAGGUUGCAUAUCAGUUGUGUCAUAUGCUCUUUACCCCCUAACCUCCACGAAAACCAAACAGUUAUCCCUUUUUUUUUGGUUUUCAAUACAGCGACAAUAAUUUUACUACUUUUACUUUAAAAUGGGUAAACUUGAAUUUAAUUGUAAAAGCUGCAUGCAACACAUUGAUUUGCUCUCGCGCUCUCACACACACUUGUGUGUGAGAGCGCUAUAGAGAGCUGCUAUUUCACAGCAGUCCGUGAAUAGCCCCUCCCACUAUGUAAUACUCAGAAUUGUGUAUAAAUAUUGAACAAAGGAUGGCUCUAUAGAGGAGUGCUUGUCUCAUCGACAGCCAUACAUAGAUACACACAGAGCCUUAGACAAUGCAAUAUAUAGGGAAUUUUCAUUUUCUUAUCAUUCGUAUAUCUGUAUGGAUGCUAGAAGAGGCGUCUGGCCGAUUGAGAGUCCUACGGUGAAGCCCUUCCUGGUUGAAGGUGUUUAUUUCAUUUUAAAAUAGAAAAAAAAUAAAUAAACAAUAAUUGCUUAUUUGAAGUAUUUGUGUUUCUAAAUACGGAAUAAUGUGUACAAUUGAGAUUAUAAAUGAUUUUAUUUUGGGGGAAAAUAAGCAAUUAAAUGCAUCCAGAAAUAUCUCUUAUGGGGCGAUAGAAACAUUGACCAGUCACUGCAGCAGCGCAUAACUUGCUGACACAAGAUAUGCACAAAGCAACAUCAAUUUAGCCAAUCAGCCUUUCGCAAAUCUGAUGCCUUAAGAGCAAUUACUUUAUCACCCAAGGCAGAGUCUGGUGGUGCAAAGGGGUCAACUAUCCUAAUUAUGAUGCACGAUUUCAGCCGCCCGCCACGGUCAAUAAGUGCUCUUCUCCGAAAUCAGUUUGAGGGCAACUUGAAAGAAAGUCAAAGAACUUGGGCCAGAUCGACCUAUCAAAAUCAGACAACAGAUUAGCGGAAAUUGUAAAACCUACAUGCAAGGCAUCACAAAGCUUUGGGAUACAACCCAGCACAACUUUGUGAUACCUUUAUGUGUGGGAAAAUUAUUUUUUCUAAUGUUUUCCUCAUUGUUAUUCUUUAACAAAUUUGUUCAUGACAUUGAAAAUAACAGUUUUAAGGAAAAUUCAGGAUCAGUCUUAUGUAUACACAUUCGGUAGACGUUCUAAUGUAGAUUCAGAUAAUCCUGAAGUUUUUCAAAAGUUUGUUGAUGUAGGGAAGCCCAAAUGUUUCCCUUUUAUUAUCAGUUUAUGUUGGUUUGAAUUGCUGGGGUCAACUUGAGAUGUUUGAUGUGAAUUUGAUAGAAUAAAAUGUUUUCAUGGUUCUAGCUUCUUUUCUAUUU